UGAGAGAUACAAGGGGCGUGUCACUCUCAACUCUCUGCGUCUCACCUGUACCUCUCCCCUCCCAACUCUUUCCGUAUCCUGUGAUCAAUCCAUGGAAGGAGCUCCGGUCGUGACGCAAACUCCAAUGCCGCAAGACACGCCGACCUCCCCAAGGCGAGCUCCGACGGCCACAGCCUCCGGCACAGGGGCCUCAGGCCAGAGCCCUCCCUCCCCGUUUCCACACAUUCCCGUCGUCGCUGGCGGCCGUGCAGGCAAGGUGCUCGACGAAAUGCCUCCUGACACGUCAAGCCUCGUCGUCGCAGGCCUCGAGCCGCAGCGGCGGCCGUGGGCGGACGUCCCGCCGGACAUCCUCGGGAUCGUGGCCGGCCGCCUCCCCUGCGUCGAGGACCGCGCCAGGAUGCGCUCCGUCUGCGCCGCCUGGCGCGCGGCGGCGCGCCUCCACCGGCCGCCGCCGCCGCCGCUGCCCCUGCUCGUCCACGCGGACUUCACCUUCUCCAGCUUCUCCCCCGACGGUGUCACGACGGGCACGCGUCGCAUCCCGCUGCCCGAGGACGUGGCGGCCGACGACGUCCGCUGCGUGGGCUCGUUCGAGGGCUGGCUCGCCGGCGUGCGGCCGAACCAAGGUCGCUACUUUGGCGACGGCGAGUGCUUCCUGAUGAACCCUUUCUCCCGGGACGUGCUCCACCUCCCGCCUCCAUCCGCGUCUUCCCAUUUCGUCGAUGCCCACAGUAGAUCCCUCCCCAUCGUCGGUGGCUCUGGUGUGGUUGAGUGCACCAUCAACGCCCCACAGAACGGGGCCAAGCUCGCUCUCUGGCGGCCUGGGAUGACGUCGUGGUGCGUGUGCCUUGGUGGCUGCAUCAGCAAGUUCAGUGAUAUCACCUUCUACCAGGGGAAGCUUUAUGUGCUCAGCCAGCUCACCACAAACCUCUUUGUCGUCGAGAUAACAGACGAUGACGACGACUCUGGGCUGAUGGUUUCUCGUGUCGAUCGUUGCCUGGCCGAGCUGCCUGAGGUCAAGGACAGCUACAAACAGAGGUGGAACUUGGUAGAAUGGCAUGGAAAAUUGUUGCUCAUCGCCAGAUACUUGGGUGGCGGUGAGAGCUGGAACAAUAUUUGCAAGGUUGGAGUAUAUGUUGUGGAUUUAAGCAUGGAACCUCUUCGAUUUACUGAGAUCAACACGUUGGAUGGCGACUGUAUCUUCAUCAGCCCGUGCAGCAGCAAAUCGUUUCAUGCGUCGGAGUAUGACGGGGUGGAAGGCAAUGUUAUCUACUUCAUCGAUGGAUAUCUUUGCCAUGCUAAAAAUGGUCCCCUGUUUGAUAAGUUCAUGUACAACUUGAGAGAUGGUACAUUGGCGCCAUUUGCUGCAGAUAUAGCAGAGCACAACUUUUGGGCACCAGAUGGCAAGCCGAUGAGUCCAACAUGGUUGUUUCCUUCUGAAUGAACUGUGGCACAUCAACUCCGAUGUUAAUGAAUCUUUAGUGUAUCAGAGAAGCCCUGCUGCUGCUUGGUACGUGGACCAUGGUGUUUGGUUUUCAAGAACUGAAAAAGAAAAACUAGUGUAUGUUGUUGUCUGAUUUGUGAUUAUUAUGAUGCUUGCCGACUUGAACUGUUUUUAGUACUUCGUUUCCAAAUUUCCAUUUGAAUCAUCAGUUGAUUCACAUUCGCGGGAGUCAGUAGUUAAGUGAGCAGUGGUUCUUCAUAUUAACUAGACUCUAGUGGUUCUGCAAUGCCUAUAUAACAGUUCCUCUCCUAUCCUCUUCCGGUUCUUUGUGUAUUUCUGUCACUGGAGUAGACAUUUGUACUAGUUGUUAAUAUAGCUAGUGGAGUGUUAUGUCUUCUAGCUUGAUUUAAUGGCUUUCAUUUGAAUCUAUGGAACUGCCCGCUUACUUAUUGAAGCAUGGUAUUAUUAGGGAUGACCCUUUCAGUGCUGUUGAUGCCCGUACAUCAACAAGCCUCUUGAAUGUAAGCAUGGUAUCAGCACAUGCAGAUUGUAUUACUAUUUGAUUAUGAGCUGUUUAUAAAGCUUACUUUGCAUGA